AUGUCGGAUUCCAUUUUUGAACAACCUUUCGUGUACUGUGGUGUUUGCCAUAGAAGAACAUCUCAUGGAGAUCCAUUGCGAUUGACUUCAUGUGCUCAUAUUCUUUGUUCACAGCAUUCGCCAUUAACGUCAAAAGUAUGUCCCAUAUGCCAUUCGAGCGACAUCUCCAUAAUCAAGCUUGUUGAAUCCAAACAACUACCCACCGAUAUUAGAAUAUUUUUUGAGCCAUUGCCGCCUCUUCUGGAAUCGUUGUACAAUGUCUCCCAAUUUCAAUUGAAGGGGCUUUCUAACCAGUGCCAAUAUUACCAAAACCACUGUUUAAAAUUAAGAGAAAAGUGUGCAAGGCAGCAACAGUUGUUGUAUCAAGCCAAAGUCGAACUGGAUUCUAUGGCAGGGUUGAAGAAAAGAAUACAAGAAUUAGAGACAGUCUUGAAACACAGCAACGUUCCCUCCAUUUCACUAGGCCUGAUGUCGACAAAAACUAAUCAUCAAAUUCAUUAUCAACCCCCUCCCACGGUUGACUUAACUGUUGAUGACAACAGUUUGGAAGAAUUUGAAGCUAAAUCAUUUAUCAAGAAACUGAAAAAAAACUCCUCAUUAAGAAAUUCUUCGAAGAAUAACAACGGCACGACCACCCCAUCUGCAAACACUCAUAUUAAUAAGGAUCAAUCUUUCUACAUAGAGACGUUGAAAAAUUCUACCAAAAAUAGCAUUCCACCUCCUAAUUUAGAUUCAAAUGCGAAUAAUAACCUACCUAACAUUUCUACUAUUGCAGAAUCGACCAAUUUAAACAGAUUUUCGUACUCUCCGGUACAUGCCGCAAAAGACUUCAAUAACAAACUGGCGAAUUUCGACAUUCUCACAAACAACGGCUCUCUAUCUUCUAAGAAUAUAUCAAGGCUGUCUUCAGCCUCUUUUCAACCAUCUUCGCCGCUGUCCUCAUCAUCCAGUAGGCUUAUUUUGCGGAAUAAUAAUUUUGAAGAAUCGCAUCAUUCGAAUAAACCUUUAACGAGUACCUCUACCCAGUUUCCCUCAGCUUUAGAAAAAUUAAAAAUAACAAGGAAAAGAAAUAAUACCAUUAGUGGCUCGAAUAAAAUAACUCAAAACUUAAGCUCACAUAUGAGAAGUGGCGGUCUUGCAUUUUCAUCCUCAUCGAACUCGUUGCAAAACGGUAAAAUACAGAAAGCCAAUACGUUAAGGCGAUCCAAUUCAACCCAGCAAAUGUCCAAUACACAACUCAAAAACGACAAUCAUCAGCCACCUCGGUCAAGUACUACGUUCUUGAGUGGUUCCAAAAGAAAUAAUAAGUUUAGAAGAAUAAGAUAA